AUGCCUUCUGCUCGAGCUGUGCCCAACGAGCCUUUCCCACUCGGAGGUCUCUUGCCAAAGGAUACUACCGAGGCGCUCAGCUUUCUCCGCAAGUACCCGCAAUACGACGGCCGCAACGUUCGCGUGGCUAUUCUCGACACCGGUGUCGACCCUGCCGCCAUCGGCCUCAACCAACCCGGCAAGGUCGUGGACGUGAUUGACUGCACCGGUGCUGGUGACAUCCCCCUUCAGCCAAUCGAGCCAGUCUCUGGCAGCAGCGCGAGCAGCUCGAGUCACGUCGAAUUCAAGUCUCCCUUUACUGGUCGUACACUCCGCCUCUCCUCGAAGCUCACCAACCCAAAGGGCGAAUGGAAGAUUGGCUUCAAGAAGGCCUACGACCUUUGGCCAGGCGAGCUCAAGAGCCGUCGUUCAGCAGAGAGGCAGAAAGCCUUCCUCGUCUCUCAUCAAGCCCUGCUUUGCCAGGCUCAGACCGAGCUCAACGCGCUUGAUGCGCCUGCCGCUCCGAAAGCUUCUGGUCCCAGCGCGGCUGAUGGCUCUGACAAGAGCGCUGCGAGCGAGAACGCAAAGCUCAAGAAGGACGAGAUCAAAGCGCGCAUUCAGGCUCUCAAGGAUCUCGCCUCUUCCUACAAAGACGAUGGUCCCCUUCUCGAAGCCAUCGUCUUCCACAAUGGCAAGAACUGGUAUGCCGUUGUCGGCGGUGGCGAAGGUGAGACACACGACCCAUCUACCGGCCAACCGCAAGACAUCCUCAAGCCCCUCGAGGCCCAAACACUCGACCUCACCACCGUCGAGCCCAUCACCGACUUCCGCAUUGAGCGUCAAUGGCAAAGCUUCGGUCAGCAGGAUCUGCUCACGUACACUGUCAACAUCGAGGACAACGGCAACUUGCUCAGUCUCGUCACCGUCGCUGGUAGCCACGGCACGCACGUUGCCGGCAUCGUCGGUGCGCGACACGACGAUCAGCCCGAGCUCAACGGUGUCGCUCCCGGCUGCGAGAUUGUCAGCAUGAAGAUUGGUGAUGCUCGUCUCGGAAGUAUGGAGCAAGGUCAGGCUAUGCUUCGUUCGGCUCAGGCGCUCGUCGACACCAAGUGCGACAUUGCCAAUCUUAGUUACGGUGAAGAUGGCGCAUUCGGUGCUGAAGACAAGGGCGCUUUCGCAAAGGCGCUCAGGGACAUCGUCAUCCGUCAACGCGACAUUCUCUUCGUCAGCAGUGCCGGCAACAACGGCCCCGCUUUGACGACUGUCGGUCAGCCUGGUGGCACGACCUCUUCGGUACUCAGUGUCGGCGCUUACGUCAAUGCAGGCGCCAUGCAAAAGGCAGAGUACGCGCUCGUAGAGAAGGGAGUGCCCGACAGCGUCACCACCUGGUGUAGUCGUGGUCCCACUUCGGAUGGUGAUCGUGGUGUCUCGAUCUACGCACCUGGCGCUGCCAUCACCUCGAUCCCUCGCUACUGCCUCCAGUCGACUCAGCUCAUGAACGGAACUUCGAUGAGCUCGCCUAACGCUUGCGGCUCUAUCGCGCUCCUUCUUUCGGGACUGAAAGCCGAGAACAUCCCCAUCACCCCGGCUCGCGUCUUCAAUGCCGUUCGCGUCACGGGCAAGGAUGUCAAAGACCCGCUCGGCGUGCCCUUCAUCCGCGUCGAUGCUGCUUGGGACUACCUUGGUCAGAACAAGGACCGAGUCGAACAGGAUGCCGAGUAUCGUGUUGCUGUCACCCGCGCAGGCAAGGCGCUUGGCCGCAUGGACAAGCGCGGUAUCUACCUUCGCGAGAAGGACGAGACUCACCACGUCCAGCAAGCCAACGUUACUGUUCGACCUACGUUCAAGCAGGGCGAGACCGAGAAGGCCUUCAAUCUUGAGCUCAGAUGCGCUCUUGCUGCUUCCCAGCCAUGGGUGUCCGUACCCGAGUUUCUUCUCCUUGGCGGGAACGGUCGCACUUUCGAAGUCCGUGUCGACCCUACAGACCUAGCACCUGGCCUGCACCACGCUUGGAUCGAGGCAUACGACACCGAGAACCCUGGCCACAAGCUCUUCGACAUCCCCGUCACGGUCGCCAAGCCAGAAGUGUUCCCUUCGCCUACAGUCAAGCUAGACACGGUCCGCUUCGAGGCGGGCAAGAUCGAUCGACGCUUCAUCUCCGUGCCCGAAGGAGCCACGUGGGCCUCGCUCACGGUUCGCAGCUCGAACCACUCGUCUGCCGGCACCAGCGCCCGCUUCUGGCUGCACUGCGUACAGCUCGAGCCUCUGCAGCGUCUGAGCGAUGUGGAGAAGUCGUUUGUGCUUGCGCUGCAGGAGAACGAGCCGGUGACCAAAAAGUUCAGCGUGCGUGGUGGAAUGACCAUGGAAGUGUGCUCUGCACAGUUCUGGUCCAACAAGUCGGCCUUCGAUCUUGAUCUAGAUAUCGAGUUCCACGGCAUCACCGCAUCCCUCAUCCCCGCCAGUGGACGUCAAGAGCUCACCCUCAUCGGCGGCCAAGGUCACGCCAAGAUUGAAUGCCAGUCCACCGUGCGCAUCGAAGACUUCAAGCCGAGCAUCACGUUCGACACGCGUCGCACCUUUCACCGUCCCACCUCCUCCAGCAUCCGCCCGCUCUCCACCCCACGCGACCUCCAGCCUACCGGAAAUCACAUGUUCGAGCUGGUCACCACCUACUCCGUCUCGGCGAAAGAAGACUCGAACAAGCUCAGCUACUCGUUCCCAGCCCUGGGCAACCACUUGUACGACUCGAGCGUGCCCCUCCUCACGCAGCUCUUCGAUUUGCGCAAGAAGCGCGUCCACUUCGGCGACGUUUACAAGAAGGAGAUCGACCUGCCCAAGGGCGACUACGUCCUCAAGGCGCAGCUGCUGCACGAGAACAUGAAGGUGCUCGAGUCGCUCAAGCACGUGACGCUCAUGGUGGAUCAGAAGCUGUCCAAGCCUGAUUCGGCGGCUCUUAAGCUGUACGACAAUCACGUGGAUCUCCACAGCGAGGCUCCCGCGGCCAAGUAUGCGGGUGUGAAGCUGCAUCCCGGAGAGCGAAUCGUCUUGACCCUGGAUCUCAACCUAGAGGGCGAUGCGGUGCCGAAGGAGGCCCAGGCAGGCGACGUGCUGGUGGGCACAUUCGGUUUCGCCGCGGAAGGCAAGGGUGCCAUUCGAUACAUCGUUCCUCCUGCUAUCAAGUCCGAGUCCGACUCGGACGACGCUCCUGCAGGCAAGAACGAGAACGAGAUCCCCGAACUCCUCACCGCAACCGCGAAGAAGAUCAAGGACAGCAAAGAGAAGAUCGCCUUCAUGGACAAGCUCAUCGCCGACUACCCCAAGUUCCUCGGUGCCGCCAUCGCCAAACUCGAGGCUCUGGACGCAGACGACAAGGAGGCACGCUCCGCCGUCCUCUCUGCAGCGGAUCACCUGCUGUCGCUCAUCGACGAGACGGCCGUCCGAUUGUGGUCAGCCACCCACAAACCACCUUCGUCCGAACAGUCCGACGAGGAGAAGAAGGAGAACAAAGCGAUGGAGGAGCGCAAGAAAGCCCUGAUCCUCGCACUUAACCGCAAGACCCGCGUGCUCAUGACCGAUGCCGAAUCUACCACACCUCCAGCACCGACCAAGGAGCUGGAGGACAGCUGGCGUGCUUACCGCUCGUACUUUGCUCCCGACACGAAGGCCAAGGAAUACACCGAGCUGUAUGUGCGAUGGUCCAUCCUUCACGGUCGGUACGCUCUCGCACUCCAGGCGAUCACGAAGCUCAAGAAGGACCUCGGCGCAGGAACGUCUGAUUCGCUGAAAGAGGUGGAAAAGCUGCGCAAGCUCGAACUCAAAUUGGUCGGAAAGGACGGGCUUGACUGGCCACUCUGGGCUUCCCAUCUGGAGAGAUUGGAGGCGAUCGCGGCUCCGAAGGACUAUGCGCCGUUCUAG